AUGGACUCACACAGACAAGACAUUGGCCCGGCUGCCGCGCAGACCGAUGCUGCAGCUCUCGGGCACAAGGCCAAGACCGACAUCGAGGCUGCUCCCCAUUCCUCAGCCAAUAACAGCCUGGACGAUGCGUCCAGCGAGGCUGCUCUCAUUAACUUUAAGACGCUCUCCUGGUGGAAAGGUGGCAUCGUCCUCAUCGCCGAAACCGUCUCCCUCGGAAUCCUCUCCCUCCCCUCCGUCAUCGCCACCCUCGGCCUCGCUCCCGGUAUCGUUCUGAUUCUUGUUAUGAGCUUCCUCUCCACAUACUCCGGUCUCAUGCUCGGCGAGUUCCAAAAAGAGUAUCCCUUCGUCGAAAAUUUUGGCGAUGCUGUCGAGGUCAUCGGCCGGACCAUGGGUUCUAUCGGCAUCUUUGGUUAUAACGUGACCGUGGCGCGCAUCUUCCAGGAAGUCUUUGGAUGGGCUCAGGUCAUCUUCCAGGUCUUCGUCAUGGGUGCCCAUCUCCUCACAUGGACCAUUUGCCUGAACGCCCUCUCCGAUCACGCCGCUUGCACCAUAGUCUGGGCCGUCGUCGGUCUGGCUGUCUUCUGGGUUCUCAACCUCCCCCGUACCCUCCGACACACCAGCUGGAUGUCCAUGGCCUCGUGCAUCUCCAUCACCGUUGCCACCCUCAUGACCGUCGGCGAUGUCGCCAGCAACAGGCCCGUUGGUGCUACUGCCAUCCAAGUGAGCACAGAGAUUGGCUUCACGUCGGCGUUCCUGGCUGUUACCAACAUUGCUGUUGCCUUCUCCAGCCACUCUUGCUUCUUUGGUGUCAUUGGCGAGUUCGAGAAGCCCCAGGACUGGCCCAAGGCCCUCGCCCUCCUCCAGAUUGUCGAUACCGCCCUGUAUCUCGUUGCUGCCAUUGUCAUCUACUAUUACAUUGGCCCCGGCGUACCCUCACCUGCCCUCUCCGCCGCCGGUAGUGAUACGAUGCGCAAGGCCAUCUGGGGUGUCGCCAUUCCCACCAUUGUCAUCGCGGGCGUCAUUUACGGUCACGUUGCGGGCAAGUACGUGUUCAACCGUAUGUUUAAGAAUAGCAAGCAUCUCGUACGCCGCACGUUUGUAUCCGUCAUCGGCUGGUCCGGUAUGACGCUGGCCAUGUGGGCCUUUGCCCUCAUCAUUGCCGAGUCGAUCCCCGUCUUCAACUCGCUGCUCGGUAUUCUCUCGGCUCUCUUCGUCUCGUGGUUCUCUUAUGGCCUGCCUGGUAUCUUUUGGCUGUGGAUGCGCAAGGGCUCGUGGUUCAGCACGCGCGGACGCAUGGUUUCGUUUUUCGCCAACGUCGUCCUGGUCAUCACCGGCACCAUGCUGUGCGUCCUUGGUCUGUGGGCGUCGAUUGAAGCGAUUGCGAACGAGAAGGGCACGAAACCUUGGUCCUGUGCCAACAACGCGCCGAAGUCUUUUGAGGAGAUGACACGGCAGGCCGCGAACAAGGCACGCUCGACCUUGUAG